AUGUCGGACAAUGUCGGCCUCUCGACACCCCGCGGUUCUGGGACCUCGGGGUAUGUGCAGCGCAACCUCGCCCACCAGAGGCCACGCGACAUGGCCGCGCCCUACCUCCCGCGUAAUGACGCCGACAGCAUGCGCCACAAACCCCGCCAACCGGAUAAGGGGCUACUGGAGCACGACCGCAAGCGCGAGGUUGAAGUCAAGGUGUUCGAGCUACGGGACAAGCUCGAGGAAGAAGAGGUUGAUGAGGACGAGAUCGAAUCCCGCUGUGAUGAGCUGCGCAAAAAGCUGCUGGCCGAUCUGGAGAAGAGCCUGGCCGGAAAUGGGAGGAGGGGGGACGGGAGUAGCGGAGUCGGACCGAGACGGAACUUCAAGAUGCACCAGGUACACGAGCUGGCCGAUGCAAAAAUCAAGGAGAGUGAGAGGUUGAGGCAGGCGCUCAAAAUUAGCAAGGAUUAUGAGGAAGGGAGCCACUGGAAAAAGCAGGAAGAGAGGUUGAAGAAGGGGUUAGAGCAGGACGCAGACAGGCCCCAUGAGGGCACAAGGGGAAAUGGAGAGAGGGAAAGGGAUAGCAGGGACAGCUACUGA